UUCCAGACCUAUUUAUGAAUAACGACAUGGGCAGAACAAAUCAAUCUCUUGUGACACAAUUUAUCAUCAUUGGCUUUCCAGAUCUGGAGAAAACUCAAGGAUUUCUGUUUGCACUGCUGAUUAUUAUCUAUGCCUUCACAAUAUGUGGUAACCUCACAAUUAUCUCUCUUAUAUGUACUCACCGUCAUCUUCAUGUUCCUCUUUACCUUUUUGUUGCUAUUCUUUCCUUCCUGGAAAUAUGGUACACGGCAGUAACAAUCCCUAAAAUGCUUACAAAUAUGCUGAAUGAGAACAUAAUUUCAUACGUUGGUUGUCUAUUACAAAUCUAUUUCUUACAUUGUUUGGGUAUCACUGAGACCUAUAUUCUCACAGCAAUGGCCUACGACCGUUAUAUGGCCAUAUGCGAUCCAUUGAGAUAUCCGUCCAUAAUGACCACGUCAUGCUGUUUCCAGCUAGCCGGAUGCUGUUGGGUUAUUGGUUUUCUUGGUCCACUAACUCAGGUCCUCUUGCUUUCCAAGCUUUCCUUCUGUGGUUCUAACAAGAUAGAGCAUAUCUUCUGUGACUUUACUCCGCUGAUGAACUUGGCCUGUUCUGACAUUUCCUUGAAUGUCAAUGUGGACUUCUCCAUAAAUUCAUUCCUUCUCUUUUUUGCAUUUUGUUGCAUCAUUUUGUCUUAUCUAAAAAUAAUUUCAGCUGUAUUAAAAAUAAGCACAACAGAGGGACGUAAAAAAGCCUUUUCUACCUGUGGUGCUCACCUUACUGUUGUCCUACUCUUCUUUGGGAGUGUGGCCUUUAUGUAUGUGAGGCUAACCAAAACUUACUCUGUUAACUAUGAUCGGAUUAUGGCCGUUAUAUACUCAGUUUUGACACCGAUGUGUAAUCCAAUCAUAUAUAGCCUAAGAAACCAAGAGAUAAGAGUGCUGCUGGGGAAGAAAAUAAAAUUACUCAAUAAUUAA